ACCAGUGUCGGUAGUUGCUGAGUACGAUCCAACGUAUUUAGAUAAUCCCGCGUUAAAAACAGAAAAAGAAACACCCAACGAUCAGCAGGAGCUGAAAACAAGUAAACAUCGUGCGGUUUUGAGUUUAUCCGGGAUCAUAGGUCUAAUGAGUCAUGGUACUCGACCGUCUGAUUUGAAGCGCGAGUCAAAUGAACUUUUUCGUCAAACUCAUCCGAAUGUUGAUCCAAGUUUAACCUUAAGUCAAAUUCGUAAAGUAAAAGCGAAAUUGUUAGCUGCUGCUCAACACGAGGACUUGGAUUUGGAGCUUUCCACAGUUGCAAAAGCUUAUGCAUAUUUUGAAAAAUUAAUAUUGAAA